CCCCCUUCCCUCUCCCCCCCCCCCUGCAGCACAGUCAUCAUGCUGAUUCUCCUCGCUGCCAUCUUCGCCGUUCACAUCAUCGGCAUCAUCCUCCUCCUGGUGGCCACCAUUGACAAUGCCUGGUGGGCGUCGGACACUUAUUCCACGGACUUGUGGGGCAGGUGGGUGCUGACCAACGGGGUGUGGAACUUGACCGACAUUCCCUCCGGCUCCCACUACCCUCAGGAUUACCUCCAGGCAGUGCAGGCCAGCUCCAUCCUGGCGUGCAUCUUCUCCAUCCUGGGCAUCUUCGUGUUCGUGGCCCAGCUCUUCACCCUGGAGAAAGGGAAGAGGUUCACCAUCUCCGGCGUCUUCCAGUUCCUCGCCUGUCUGUGCAUCAUGAUCGCAGCCGCCAUCUACACCGACCGCUUCCACAUCGACGAGCAGUUCGGCUGGUACGGCCACUGCUUCAUCCUGGCGUGGAUCGCCUUCGCCCUCACCCUCAUCUCCUCCAUCACUUACUUUGUGCUACGUAAGAAGACGGCGGGAGCUGGACACUAGAGCGCCCCCUGCCCUCCCCAC